AUGUCAAUCCCACCCCAGGCCUCGUUCAGCUCUGAGACGACGGCGGUCGCCAGUCACGGAACAGCAUACCCCUCGUUUCAGGAGCUCACUUCCUUCAAGCUACCUCUGAAAGAUGAUAUCGUCGACUCUACCAUUGACGACGUCCCUGACCACUUGAAUGGGCUCAAAAGCACCCGUCGGAUUGCUCCCAACCCGUCCACGCCCAGACAUCCCUCUCCUGUCAGCACGGAGACCUCGGAUGGCGACCUCACCCCUGAGGACACCCCUUCGACCGUCCAUGGAGAGUCCAUGUUCUAUCCGCGUCACCCGCUGGCCAACCUCGCAUCCUCCAUCAAAGUCCCUGCGUCCCCGAGGUGGCCCUUCCAGAAUGUUACUCCUCGAACCACGGUCAUGGUACCCAUUUCCCAAAGCAUCACCAGCUCAUCCAGAGCCCUCAACCUUAGCGGAAAACGCAGCACCAUAGGUCACGUCAGCGUGUCCGAGUCCUUGGAUGAGUUCCAGACCAGCCAUCCGAACGCAAAGCUCCUCUCACUCCACCCUCGGCCCCUCACGUACAAUAAGAUUGGACGCAACCUCGCCAAAAUACCGGAACUGGUCGAGAAGCCGGAGUGGAACGUGCAGCCUAUCCAUGGCAUGCCGAUGGAACACUACGAGAAGCCCAGACGCCCGAGCCCGCGCCUCUUCAAGAUCCGCUUCCGCCGCCGCCGCCGCCACGAGAGACACGGUCACUCCGCCAAGCCCCAGACCUUCUGGUACCAGCGCAUCAGCGUCGAUAAGAAGAUCUUCCGUGCCUCGGCCAGCAUCACCAUGUUCUUCCUCAUCAACUCGUUCGUGUCGGCCUCGGCCCUCAUCACCCUCACUACCGCCAGGCUCCCCGUGCCCCACGGCAUCGUCGUCUGGGUCAUCGUCAGCCUCAGCACCUGCGCCUUCACCCUGACGACCCUCUGCCUCAUGCGCAAGUUCCGCAACGCCGUCAUCUACGACGAGGAGCGCGGCGGCCACUCUCCCUACCCCGAGGUCCCCUUCGACGUCUCCCACAUGUGCAAUAUGGACCUGCCCGCCAGCCCCACCGAGAUCCUUCACCGUCGACAACUCGGAACCGCCGCCGCCGAGCAGGAGAAGAUGCAAGCCGAGCGGACGAAGAACGGAACCAUCGUGGACUCUCGAGAAUCGGAAGUGGCCGCCACCACCCAGCCCUGUCCCGCCGGCCCUUUCGGCACUUUCGUGUCACAACACCCCCGCGACGCCGUCGCCGAAGACUACUGGACCGACGAUUCUGUCAUCGUGUCGGCCGGCUCCGAGACCAGCUCGACGACUGCCGUCAUCCCCUCGCCGCCCAAGGCAACAGUGGAGGGACGCCGGACGGGAAUGUUUGACGACGGCCCGCUACCGCAGCAGGAGGACGAUGGAUACGGCUUGGGCGACCUGGAGCUUCCGCGUUGGGACGAAUGGUUGGCGUGGGACUGA